AACAUGGGAAGACGAAGAAGAAAAGGAUGUAGUCGAUAGUAACAUCAGAUGGGCUGAUCAAGAAGCUUGCGAGAGUAGAAGCUGCUUCACUAGCAAUGCCAACUUCUAUAACAGACACAGCAAGAAGGGCAGACUCAUGAUGACGAUGAUGCGGUUGCAGCAUUUUAUCAAACACAGAGAGAGAAGGAUCAUCUCCUCCUCCUCUUUCUCCUCACAAUUGGUCCCCAUCAAUAUGUUUCUAUCAUCAUCCUUAUCAUCAUCAACCAAUAACACCCACCACCCAGUCCAACGACCAUCGAUCCCAAGUAUUCCCAAUAGUCAGUUUUACACCUCUUUCUUUUGCACACUCAUCCAACUUUACCUCCGUUGCUACCGACUCUCUGAAGCGACCAACGCAUACUUGUCCAUGCGAAACCGCGGCUUCAUUCCCGACUUACCUUCCUGGAACCGCCUUUUGUUCCAGUUUAAUGCCUCCGGCCUGGUUGAUCUGGUAACACUUUUGUACUCCGAAAUGCUCACUUGCGGAAUUGUUCCCAAUGUUGCCACUUAUAACAUUGUCAUUCAUUCUUUAUGCAAAGUUGGAAAAAUCAGUUUAGCUUUUGAAUUGCUAAGAAACAAUACUAUUGAAAUUGAUACUGUCACCUAUAAUACCGUCAUAUGGGGGUUUUGUCGAAAUGGGUUUGUGGAACGGGCUUUUGGGUUGGUGUCUGAAAUGAUUAAGAAGGGGUUUCCGAUUGAUACUUUUACUUGCAAUAUAUUAAUUAAGGGUUUUUGUGAUGUGGAUUUGUUUGAAUAUGCAAAGUGGGUUACAGGUUGUUUGGGUAAUGAUACAGGGAGUUGUCGAGAUGUUGUGGGCUUUAAUACUUUGAUUCAUGGGUAUUGUAAAGUUGGAGAAAUGAGUGGUGCUCUUCAGAUGAUGCAAAGUAUGAGGAAUGAGGGUGUCAAUCCUGACAUUGUUAGUUAUAAUACUCUGAUUGAUGGGUUUUGCGAGAUUGGGGAUUUCUAUCAUGCCAAAAGUCUUAUGGAUGAGCUUUUGGGGUCCCAAAGCAACACCAACAUCAUUGGUGAUUUCUUGGAAAUUAAUGAUGGUGGUCAAAAAAAGGAUGACGACACUGAAAAGGAGGAUAGAGUGAUUGGAGGAUUGGACAUAAAACUGAAUCUGAUUACAUAUACUACACUUAUAAGUAGGUAUAUUAAACACCAAGGGCUUGAGGAAGCACUGGGUAUAUUUGAGGAAAUGCUUGCAAAUGGGUUCUUGCCUGAUGUAGUGACUUACAGUUCUGUUAUAAAUGGUCUGUGCAAGAGUGGAAGGUUUACAGAAGCUGAAUCACUUUUCAAGGAGAUGGCAAGGAUGGGUGUGACUCCUAAUCAUGUAACCUAUUCUAUCUUUAUUGAUUCCUUUUUCAAAAUUGGGAACACAAUGGGGGCCAGUAACUUCCAAAGCCAAAUGGUAGUUCGUGGGAUUGCCUUUGAUUUAGUUGCAUUUACCACUUUGAUGGACGGGCUGUUUAAAGCUGGAAAGUCUAGUGAGGCAGAGGACAUGUUUCGAUCUAUUUUAAAGUUCAAUUUUGUUCCAAGUCACAUUACGUAUUCUGCAUUAGUCGAUGGGCGCUGCAAAGUGGGAGACAUGAAUGGCGUGGAGUCCACACUGCAAGAAAUGGAGCUGAAAAAUAUUCUUUCAAAUGUUAUUACUUAUUCUUCUGUAAUUAAUGGCUAUGUCAAAAGGGGUAUACUUGAUGCAGCUGUUAAUGUCAUGAGGAUGAUGGUGAACCGGAGUAUUAUGCCGAAUGUUUUCACUUAUGGUACCCUGAUCGAUGGCUAUUUCAAGGCUGGUAAACAAGAACUUGCUCUUGGUUUGUACAAGGAAAUGAAGUUGAGAGGAGUGGAAGAGAACAUCUUUAUAUUUGAUGCUAUAAUCAACAACUUGAAAAGAGCGGGACGGUUGGGUGAGGCUGAGGCAUUAUUUAGACAUAUGAUGUCAAGGGGAUUGUCGCCUGACCUUGUUAGCUACACUUCCCUAAUGGAUGGACUAUUCAAAGCAGGGAAGGAGUCAGCUGCUCUUAACCUGGCUCAAGAGAUGACAGAGAAAAACUUGCAGUUUGAUGUUGUUGCAUACAAUGUCUUAAUUAAUGGACUGCUGGGGCUUGGCAAAUAUGAAGUGCAAUCUAUUUAUACUGGAAUGAAACAGGUUGGUUUGUCUCCAGACCUAGUUACAUUCAACACGAUGAUCAGUGCUUGCAGCAGAGAGGGGAAAUUGGAGACUGCUCUUAUGCUUUGGAACGAAAUGAAGAGCUACAGAUUGUUGCCUAAUUCAAUCACUUUUAAUAACAUGGUAGGAGGGCUUUGUAAAGCAGGUGAGGUUGAUAAAGCGAUGGAUUUGUUGAAUGAAAUGUUGGCUGUGGGAUUUUAUCCUACCUCAGCUACUCACAGACUUGUGCUUGAUGCAGCUGCGGAUAGUAGAAGGGCUGAGACAAUUUUACUAAUGCAUAAGCGGCUUGUAGAUAUGGGACUUAAACUUAAUCAGACAGUUCACAACUCCCUUAUCACUAUAUUUUGCAAGCUAGGGAUGACUAGAAAAGCAACUUCAGUGUUAGAAGAUAUGAGAAAAGGUGGCUUUUCAGCAGACACUAACACAUAUAAUGCCCUGAUACAUGGUUAUUGCAAAAGUACCCAUUUAAAGAGGGCUUUUUCUAUGUACUUUCAAAUGUUGGCUGAUGGAGUUUCUCCUAAUAUUGUAACUUACAAUAAUCUCCUAUGGGGUCUUUCGGCUGCUGGUUUGAUGCGUGAGGCAGGUGAAUUACUUGAUCAAAUGAAGGAAAGAGGCUUUGUCCCCAAUGCUGCUACGUAUAAUAUUUUGAUUUCUGGGUAUGGAAAGAUCGGAAGCAAGAAGGAAUCUAUUAAAGUCUAUUGUGAGAUGAUAACCAAAGGCUACAUUCCCCAAACUAGUACUUAUAAUAUGCUUAUUAGUGAUUUUGCCAAGGAGGGCAAGAUGAGCCAGGCCAGAGAACUUAUGAAUGAAAUGCAAAUCAGAGGGGUGCUACCUAAUUCUUUGACUUAUGACAUCCUCAUAAGUGGCUGGUGCAAGCUGUCAAAUCAAGCAGAGGUGGAUAGGGCGUUAAAAGUCUCAUACCGGUCAGAGGCAGAAAAAUUAUUCAAAGAGAUGAAUGAAAAAGGUUUUAUCCCAUGCAAACCUACCCUCUGCUGUAUCAGUUACGCCUUUUCCAAACCAGGAAAGAAGGUUGAUGCCCGGAGGUUGUUUGAUAAAGUGUAUGCGAGAAAGAGCAUUUGA